UCAGAGCUCUACAGUCAUCCUGCCCUGAGGACAGAGACCACUGGGGAGUCCAGGGUCCUGGAGCUGUUGCAGCCCCGAGAGAGGCCAGUCCAGACACAGCUGUGUGUGCUCCCAGCAGCAGAGGAGGCUCAGCUUCCUCUGCAGGGACAGAAAGACAUGGCCUGGAAACUGAUGCCGCCUCUGCUGCUGCUGGCCUGGUUUUCAGCCUCCGUGUGCAGUGCCAGAGACAGGACAGACCUGCUCAACGUCUGCAUGGACGCCAAACACCACAAGACAAAGCCAGGCCCCGAGGACAAGCUGCAUGGCCAGUGCACUCCCUGGAGGAAGAAUGCCUGCUGCUCUGUCAGCACCAGCCAGGAGCUGCACAAGGACACCUCCCUCCUGUAUAACUUCAACUGGGACCACUGUGGCAAGAUGGAGCCCGCCUGCAAGCGCCACUUCAUCCAGGACACCUGUCUCUAUGAGUGCUCCCCCAACCUGGGGCCCUGGAUCCAGCAGGUGAACGACAGCUGGCGCAGAGAGCGUUUCCGGAACGUGCCCCUGUGCAAAGAGGACUGUGAGAGCUGGUGGGAAGACUGCUGCACCUCCUACACCUGCAAGAGUGACUGGCACAAGGGCUGGAACUGGACCUCAGGAUCUAACAAGUGUCCAGCUGAGGCCGUCUGUCGCACAUUCGAGUCCUACUUCCCCACUCCUGCGGCCCUGUGUGAGGGCCUCUGGAGUCACUCCUACCGGGUCAGCCAAUACAGCCGAGGGAGUGGCCGCUGCAUCCAGAUGUGGUUUGAGCCGGCCCAGGGCAACCCCAAUGAAGAGGUGGCGAGGUUCUAUGCCUUGGCCAUGACUUCUAGGGCCAUGCCCCAUGGGACUGGGCCUCUCCUGCUCAGCCUGGCUCUGAUGCUGCAACUCUGGCUCCUUGACUGAACUGCUUCCACUACU